AUGACGGACGACGGCGGCGGACUGAACUUCCUUCUUGUGACAGCGACACGCGGCUUCGAUCUGAAUGGAGGCACACGGCUUCGAUCUGCUUCGAUCUACUUUGUUUCUGACCUUCAGGCGGGAUUGGCGGCAGCGGCAAUGGGUCUCCGCCGGUACUCCUCCGUCUGGAGUUACACUCUUCCCCUUCUUAACAUGCAAUUCUUCGAAUCCCAUGUUUUGAUCCUCAAUAAAAACUCCACUGUUUCUCCUCUAGGGACUUCAAGAUCACCCCACGCUCCUGCAUUUAUUGCCUUCACUUGCUUCUUGCUAGUCAUAGUCUUUCUUGUUUUUUUUGAGAUGAUGAGUUUCUUGGGUUAUGGUGUGGUUCUUGUGGGGUUCUUGGUGGUUCUGGGAGAGGGGAGGCGUUUGAACACGGUGGCACCGCCCCCCGAGGGGGAGAGGUUCAUCACCUGGGAUGAUCUGAAACUGGGUAGUGAUGGGUUUGGUUUGGAUUUGGAGGUGGUGAUGAGGGAAGAUGGGAAUGGGAGUAGGAUUAUAGUGGUUGAUCAGAAUGGGAAAGGGGAUGUUAGUACAGUUCAGGGUGCUGUUGAUAUGGUGCCAGAACAUAAUUCUCAGAGAAUCAAGAUUUGCAUUCUUCCUGGGAUUUACAGAGAAAAAGUGCAUGUUCCGGCUUCAAAACCAUACAUCUCCUUCAUCGGAGACUUAGAUGACCCCUCAAAAACCGUUAUCUCAUGGCACGACAAGGCCUCCGACAGCUAUGGAAAUGGGACAGAGUUAGGGACUUCAAGAACAGCCACUGUCCAAGUAUUUGCUAGUUACUUCUGUGCAACAGGGAUCACAGUCGAGAAUACAGUGGUUGCAGUGCCUGGAGGGGAAGGGAUGCAGGCGGUUGCGAUGAACAUAAAUGGGGAUAGAGCAGUGUUCUAUAAAUGCAGGUUUUUGGGAUCACAAGAUACACUUCUGGACGAUAUCGGGGUGCAUUAUUUUUACCAGUGUUACAUUGAAGGAAUGAUUGAUUUCAUCUGCGGCAAUGCCAGAUCACUCUAUCAGGAUUGUGUUAUCAAUUCAGUAGGGUCAGGAGCCAUUGCAGCCCAGCACAGGAACUCACCAAGUGAGAACACAGGAUACUCAUUUGUGAACUGCAAAAUCACUGGAAAUGGGAGGACUCUACUGGGGAGAGCCUGGGGGGAGUUUUCUCGAGUGGUUUAUGCCAAGUGUGACAUUGAUGGAGUUAUUCUGCCUUGUGGAUGGGGAGAUUGGAACAUACCGUCGCGACAGAGGUAA